CUGCCAGUGGACCGAUCUUCAUUCAAAUCUGAAUCUUCCGCGUCCAAGGAGAAACGGUUGUGUUGUGGAGGUAUAAAGAUAUUUCUUGGUGCAUUGUCUUUUGUUUAUUUUGCUAAAGCUCUGUCAGGAAGUUAUCUAAAAAGUACUAUCACACAAAUAGAAAGAAGAUUUGAUAUCCCUUCCUCUUUGGUUGGCGUUAUUGAUGGCAGUUUUGAAAUUGGGAACCUCCUAAUCAUAGUUCUUGUAAGCUACUUUGGAGCGAAGCUUCACAGGCCAAGAAUAAUUGGAGCAGGCUGCUUAAUUAUGUCAGCUGGAACAUUCCUAAUUGCGAUGCCCCAGUUCUUCAUGGGACGGUAUCGGUAUGAAAGAUUCCCUUCCACCAUCAAUUCCACUGUCAGCAUCUCUCCAUGUCUGCAGGAUAAAAGCCAAACUCCACUCUCAGCCUUGGAAAAAUCUCAAGGAAAAAUAAAUGCAGGAUGUGAAAAGGAAGCAGGUUCUUCCAUGUGGAUCUAUGUUUUACUCGGAAAUCUUUUGCGUGGAAUAGGUGAAACCCCUAUCCAGCCUUUGGGAAUUACAUACAUUGAUGAUUAUGCUGUGGAGGAGAAUGCUGCCUUAUAUAUUGGCUGUGUACAGACAGUCGCAAUAAUAGGGCCAAUAUUUGGCUUUCUUCUGGGAUCACUGUGUGCUAAACUUUAUGUUGACAUUGGCUUCGUAGAUCUGGACAGCAUCACAAUAACUCACAAGGACGUGCAGUGGGUGGGAGCGUGGUGGCUGGGGUACCUGAUAGCUGGAGUGAUCAGUGUUCUGGCUGGCAUCCCCUUCUGGUUCCUGCCAAAGCACCUCCCAAAACCAGAGAGCAGGAAGGACUCCAGUACCUCUUCUGAGCAGUCAAAGUUCAUCAUUGAGGAGAACAAGGACCAAUGCAAGUCUUAUCAGCAGCAAGCGAAGAUUGCUGAGAUGGCAAAAGACUUCUUUCCAUCACUGAGGAACCUCUUUGGGAAUCCAGUUUACAUUCUGUAUUUGUGUGCAAGUAUCAUUCAGUUCAAUUCUUUAAUUGGCAUGGUGACAUAUAAGCCAAAGUAUAUUGAACAACAGUAUGGGCAAACAUCUUCAAAAACUAACUUUGUUAUAGGUAAUGCUUCUUGUUAUCUUUAAAAUGGACAUUUUAGGAGUGGCAUAGUCAUGAAAAAAUUCAGAAUUGGUGUUUUGGGGGCUGCAAAACUUUCCCUGGGAUCAUCUUUCUUUGGUUACCUUUUGCUCCUGUCAUUAUUUGCCAUGGGCUGUGAGAACUCGGAUGUGGCUGGACUGACCGUGUCAUACCAUGGAACUAAACAGAUGACUGAUUAUGAGCAAGACUUGUUUUCAGAGUGCAACUCAGGCUGCUCAUGUUCCAGGAACGACUGGGACCCCAUCUGUGGGGAAAAUGGAAUUACCUACGUUUCUGCCUGUCUCGCUGGCUGCCAGGCAUCCAACGGCAGUGGGAAAAACACUGUAUUUUUUAACUGCAGCUGCGUGGGAAGCUUUGAAUCUUCACAAAGCUCCUCAGCUGUGGUGGGACCAUGUCAGAAAGGAAAUGAGUGUCCAAAAAUGUUUCUGUAUUUUCUAGUAAUAUCAGUUAUCACUUCAUACACUUUGUCAGUAGGUGGCACACCUGGAUACAUCCUCCUUCUAAGAUGCAUUAAACCCCAUUUGAAAUCUUUUGCACUUGGUAUCUAUACCCUGGCAAUAAGAGUACUUGCGGGAAUUCCAGCCCCAGUGUAUUUUGGAGUGGCCAUAGAUACCACUUGCCUGAAAUGGGGAAGCAAAAGAUGUGGGGGAAGAGGAGCAUGCAGACUCUAUGACUCCAGUGCACUCAGGUAUGCAUACCUGGGACUGACUUUGGUGUUGGGCACGGUGUCCAUUUUCUUCAGUGUUGCUGUCCUUUGGGUUCUCCGGAAAAGGUCUUCUCCACAAGAUGAGACCCUCUCAGCCAACGGGGAGAGAGGAGCCUGUGGGACAAAGAACAGAAAAGAUAAUUUUGUCACUAGUGACUGUUUGAUUCAGACAACUUACUGGCCAGAAAAAGAGACUAGACUUUAG